ACCAUAUACACAAACCGAUUGAUUAUUCUGUACACAUAUACCAUGGACGCCAUUUCAUUUCUGUUUCUGUGUUUCGUUUCCUUUCAUUUGGACGUAGUAGUAGCUCAACCAAGGAACUCCAACAUAACUCUGGGCUCAUCUCUCACACCCACAGGCCGAUCAGCAUGGCUAUCCCCUUCUGGUCUUUAUGGUUUCGGGUUUUAUCCCCAAGGUAAUGGCUUUGGUGUUGGGGUUUUUCUUGCCGGUGUUCCCCAACAGACGGUGGUUUGGACGGCCAACCGAGAUGAUGCUCCCGUUCCAAGCACCACUAGCUUGGUUCUUACCACCGAUGGAAGGCUCAUUCUUCGAUCACCCCAAGGACGAGAAGAAUCCAUCGUCAGCGAUUCUUCUCAGACAAUUGACGCAGCUGCCAUGCAUGACACCGGCAACUUCGUCCUCUUCAAUUCUGACCAUGACAUCAUAUGGGAGAGUUUCGAUUAUCCAACCACUACCAUUCUACCGAGACAAGUUCUGUCCGCCGGAAAGGAGUUGUUCUCUAGCUUCUCGGAAACUGAUCAGUCAAGGGGUAUAUUUCGUCUUAAGAUGCAGAACGAUGGAAACUUGGUGCAGUACCCCGUGGACACUCCAGACACAGCACCUUAUUCUUAUUAUUCAUCUGGUACAGAUGGUAGGGGAGAUAAUGUAACCCUGAAUCUCGAUAAUGAUGGCCUUUUGUACUUGCUAAACUCCACAGGCUACAACAUAAGGAGUCUAACUCGAGGAGGGUAUGAAACAAAUAGAACAAUUUAUCUGAUGAAAAUUGAUCCCGAUGGCAUUUUCCGACUCUAUUCUUAUGGACUUAAUCAAAAUGGGAAUAGAUCGGUUAUAUGGUCGAGUACAGAUGACAAGUGUGCACCCAAGGGUCUAUGUGGACUUAAUGGCUAUUGCGUUAAUCUAGAUGAGCAAGUUGAUUGUAGAUGUCUUCCAGGAUUUGUUCCGGUUAUGGAAGGAAACUUUACCGCUGGCUGCCAAAGGAAUUCGUCCAGCGACAGCUGCAAAAACAAUGACGGAAGAAUCCGAUAUAUCAUUCAGGCAGCAGAAAACACCGUGUGGGAAUAUACAGGAUAUUCUGAAUUGUCUUUGAGAACCAGAGAAGAAUGUGAGAUGGUAUGUUCCCAGGACUGCAACUGUGACGCUGCCAUGUUCAAGGAUGGUAAAUGCAACAAGCAAAGGCUUCCUUUGAGAUAUGGGAGAAGGGAUCUCCAUGAUUCAAACGUGGCUUUGAUCAAGGUAGGUAUAAUAUCUUUAUCCAAUGAGUCAAGAAAACAUGAAGAUGAUGAUGUGGUUAAAGAUAGAAAGGGGGAGACUCAUAGAGACAUUCUUAUCAUUGGUCUUUCACUGACUGGCUUCUCGAUCACGGUGCUGGUAAUUUCCGUGGCUUUGAUUCAUAGGAGCCGUGUUUUCAGAUACAAAAGGUUUUCUGCAGACGGUGACUUGAGAUUGUGCGAGAACGUUGCUCCUAUUUCAUUCAGUUUUGCAGAAAUUGAGCAGAUGACUAAUAAUUUCCAGGAAGAAAUCGGGAAAGGAGCAUUCGGUACUGUUUACAAAGGGACGAUGACGAUCGAUGGAUCCAAGGUUGUUGCAGUGAAGAGAUUGGACAAUAUAUCGACUCAAGGAGAACAAGAGUUUCAAAACGAGAUGCAAAUCAUCGGAAGAACUCAUCACCGGAACUUAGUUCGACUACUAGGCUAUUGCCAUGAUGGAGCAAAUAGGCUGCUGAUAUACGACUAUAUGAUCAAUGGAUCACUCGCGGACGUACUCUUCACACCCGACACACGACCGGACUGGAACGAGAGAGUCAAAAUUGCUCGCAACAUAGCUCGAGGUCUCCUCUAUCUUCACGAAGAAUGCGAGACACAAAUAAUCCAUUGCGACAUCAAAUCACAGAACAUACUAAUCGACGAGAACGGACAAGCAAAGAUAUCCGAUUUCGGAUUGGCCAAGCUGCUAAAGCCAGACCAAACCAAGACCUUCACUGGGAUCAGAGGAACAAGGGGGUACGUUGCACCGGAGUGGCACAGGAAACUCCCGGUGACGGUGAAAGCAGACGUUUAUAGCUUCGGAGUUGUGUUAUUGGAGAUCAUAUGUUGUCGACGGAGCGUGAACUGGAGCCUUGGUGAUGAAGAAGCGGUGCUUGAAGAAUGGGUGUACGACUGUUAUCAAGCAGGGGAAGUAUGGAAGAUAGUAGGGGAAGAAGAAGAAGUGGAUAUGAAACAACUUGAAAGGAUGGUUAGCGUAGGGCUAUGGUGUAUACUGGAUGAGCCAACGCUGCGCCCAUCGAUGAAGAAGGUGUUGUUGAUGUUGGAAGGGACGGUUGAAAUCCCAAUGCCUCCAUGCCCAACUUCAUUUUUCAGUGCUAUGUAAACUGUGUGUAUCUGCUUUGGAAUUUCAUGUUUAUUAUGUAUAUUUGUUGAAAUGUUUUCCUUUGCAAUAAAUCAAGCUUUUCUUGUUUUUACA